GAGAUCGCGGGAGCUGGUGCUCGGGACAGGAGGCGGGCGAGCGAGCGAGCUAGCGCGAGGAGCUGCAGUGAAUGUGCUUGCAAGCCAGCGAGAAAGAGGCAAAGCAGCCGAGGAGGAGACGGCGGAAGGAAACUGAGCGCAAAGGCAUGCAAGGAAGAGCUGGGGAUUUAAGAGCAUCUCAGCAAAGCCCCGGGGAAAUUCAGGGAAUUUAAAGUUUGGGGCUGCCGCUUUUCUCCCCAUCCUUCCGCUGGCUGUCAUAUUUUUGUGGCUCUCUUAAGAAAACGAGAGAGAGAGGACCUUUCCCGUCUCUCAUGCUUUUUUCUUCAUCGGAAGGGGGCAUGCCCAUCGCUUCUUCCCGCAGCCUUCCGCGCUCCCGCUCCGACCAGGAAGCCCAACGGAGGACAAUCUUGAAACCGACCAGUUCCUCGGGAUUUGCCGUGGCUACCGCUGCCUCCAGCGCCUCUCCGGCUGCCGCGGUGCAGUGCCCGGACUCUGGGAAUAAAUUAAAGCGGGCUCCUGUGUCUAUAUAGCCACCUACCUAUUGCCUCCAGUUGGUCAUUUCUUGCGAAGAUCACCGAUGAGGUGGGAGCUCGGCUUGGCUCCCUCCCGUGCCCAUCUUGGGUGAUAUUUCUCCUCCUCCUCCUCCCCCCAGCUACCCCCACCUCAAUUUUUAAAUUUAUUUUAAAGAAAGGCGAUGGGGGAGGAAAGAGAACAUGAAGGGAAAGGAAUAAUAAAUCCUUUCUAAAGCUCCCAUCAAUCUCUGGCGCUCCCUCCCCUCCCUCCCCGCACAGACACGGUGUUUCUCGAAGGAGGAGGUUAUUUUUUCUCCUUUUCCUGGAGAAGGGGGAAGUGUUAGCGUCGGGGAGGGGGGGAAAUCUCUUUUCCCCUUUUGGAGAUGGUCGUGCUAUUCGUCUUUGCCUUAAUCUGGAUGGUGCAGGGAGCCCUUUCGCAGCUUCAUUACACGGUGCAGGAGGAGCAAGAGCAUGGCACUUUCGUGGGGAAUAUCGCCGAAGAUCUGGGCUUGGACAUUACAAAACUUUCCGCUCGCCGCUUCCAGACGGUGCCCAAUUCGCGGAGCCCUUACCUGGACCUCAACCUGGAGACCGGGGUGCUGUACGUGAACGAGAAGAUCGACCGCGAGCAGAUCUGUAAGCAGAGCCCGUCGUGCCAGCUGCACCUCGAAGUCUUCCUGGAGAACCCGCUGGAGCUCUUCCGCGUCGAGAUCGAAGUGCUGGACAUCAACGACAACCCGCCCGCCUUCCCGGAGCCCGACCUGACGGUGGAGAUCUCGGAGAGCGCCACGCCAGGCACCCGCUUCCCCUUGGAGAGCGCCUUCGACCCGGAUGUGGGCACCAACUCGUUGCGCACCUACGAGAUCACCCCCAACGGCUACUUCUCGCUGGACGUACAGACGCAGCCCGACGGCAACCGCUUCGCCGAGCUGGUGCUCUCCAAGCCGCUGGACCGCGAGCAGCAGGCGGUGCACCGCUACGUGCUGACGGCCGUGGAUGGCGGGCAGCCCCAGCAGCGCACAGGCACAGCCCUGCUCACCAUCCGCGUGCUGGACUCUAACGACAACGUGCCCGCCUUCGAGCAACCCGUCUACACGGUCGCCUUGCCCGAGAACUCGCCGCCGGGCACGCUGGUGCUGCAGCUCAACGCCAGCGACCCGGAUGAGGGCCAGAAUGGCGAGAUCAUCUACUCUUUCAGCAGCCACAUCUCGGCCCGCGCGCGCGAGCUCUUCGGCAUCUCGCCGCGCACGGGCCGCCUCGAGGUGAACGGCGAGCUGGACUUCGAGGAGAGCAGCGUGUACCAGGUGUACGUGCAAGCCAAGGACCUGGGCCCCAACGCCGUGCCCGCCCACUGCAAAGUGCUGGUGCGGGUGCUCGACGCCAACGACAACGCGCCCGAGAUCAGCUUCUCCACCGUCAAGGAGGCCGUGAGCGAGGCGGCCGCGCCGGGCACCGUGGUGGCUCUGUUCAGCGUGUCCGACCGCGACUCUGAGGAGAACGGGCAAGUGCAGUGCGAGUUGCUGCAGGGCGACGCGCCUUUCCGUCUGAAGAGCUCCUUCAAGAACUACUACACCAUUGUCACCGAAGGGCCCCUGGACCGCGAGCAGCCCGGGGGAGACGCGUACACGCUGACGGUGGUAGCCCGGGACCUGGGCGAGCCGGCGCUGAGCACCAGCAAGUCCAUCCAGGUGCGCAUCAGCGACGUGAACGACAACGCGCCGCGCUUUUCGCAGCCUGUCUACCAGGUCUACGUGAGCGAGAACAACGUGCCUGGCGCGUACAUCUACGCUGUGAGCGCCACUGACCGCGACCAGGGCGCCAACGCGCAGCUGGCCUACUCCAUCCUCGACAGCCAGAUCCAGGGCAUGUCGGUGUUCACCUACGUGUCUAUCAACUCCGAGAACGGCUUCCUGUACGCCUUGCGCUCCUUCGACUACGAGCAGCUCAAGGAGUUCAGCUUCCAGGUGGAAGCCCGCGACGCGGCGGGCGGAGGCGGAGGACCCGACGACCCCGACGUUGAGCAAGCUCUGGCCGGCAACGCGACAGUCAACAUCGUAGUGGUGGACCAGAACGACAACGCGCCCGCCAUCGUCAGCCCGCUGCCCGGGCGCAAUGGCACACCGGCGCGGGAGGUGCUUCCCCGCGGCGCCGAGCCGGGCUAUCUGGUGACCCGCGUGGCGGCCGUGGACGCGGACGACGGCGAGAACGCGCGCCUCACCUACAGCAUCGCGCGCGGCAACGAGGCCAGCCUGUUCCGCAUGGACUGGCGCACGGGCGAGCUGCGCACCGCGCGCAAGGUGCCCGCCAAGCGCGACGCGCAGCGCCCCUACGAGCUGGUCAUCGAGGUUCGCGACCACGGGCAGCCGCCGCUCUCCUCCACCGCCGCCCUGCACGUGGUCUUGGUGGACAGCGCCGUGGAGAGGCAGGGCGCGGGAGGCGGCGGAGGCGGCGCAGGGGCCGGCGGGGGGCUGGGUCCCGGGGGCGCUGGGGGUCCCGGAGGAGAGCACCGGCCCAGCCGCUCGGGGGGCGGCGCCGGCGGCGAGACAUCCCUGGACCUGACUCUGAUCCUCAUCAUCGCGCUGGGCUCGGUCUCCUUCAUCUUCCUGCUGGCCAUGAUCGUGCUGGCCGUGCGCUGCCAGAAGGAGAAGAAGCUCAACAUCUACACGUGCCUGGCCAGCGACUGCUGCCUCAGCUGCUGCUGCUGCUGCCCCUGCUGCAGCCGCCAAGCGCGGGCGCGCAAGAAGAAGCUCAGCAAGUCCGAUAUCAUGCUCGUGCAGAGCUCCAACGUGCCCAGCAACCCGGCCCAGGUGCCCGUCGAGGAGUCGGCCAGCUUCGGCUCCCACCACCACAACCAGAACUACUGCUACCAGGUCUGCCUCACCCCCGAGUCGGCCAAGACCGACCUGAUGUUCCUCAAGCCCUGCAGCCCUUCCCGCAGCACCGACGCCGAGCACAACCCUUGCGGGGCCAUCGUCACGGGAUACACCGACCAGCAGCCCGACAUCAUCUCCAAUGGCAGUAUAUUGUCCAGCGAGACUAAACACCAGCGUGCAGAGCUCAGUUAUCUAGUUGAUAGACCACGGCGGGUAAACAGUUCUGCAUUCCAGGAAGCAGACAUAGUAAGCUCUAAGGACAGUGGUCAUGGAGACAGUGAGCAAGGAGACAGCGAUCAUGACGCCACUAAUCGAGGUCAAUCCUCUGGCAUGGAUCUCUUCUCUAAUUGCACGGAGGAAUGUAAAGCCUUGGGCCACUCGGAUCGGUGCUGGAUGCCCUCUUUUGUCCCUUCUGAUGGACGCCAAGCUGCGGAUUACCGCAGCAAUCUUCAUGUGCCCGGUAUGGACUCUGUUCCAGACACUGAAGUGUUUGAAACACCAGAAGCCCAGCCAGGGGCAGAGAGGUCCUUCUCCACCUUUGGCAAAGAGAAGGCCCUUCACAGCACCCUGGAGAGGAAGGAACUGGAUGGACUGCUGUCUAAUACACGAGCGCCUUACAAACCACCAUAUUUGAGCCUUGCCAUUUGUGGAUCUCAAAGUGGAUUAUAAAAGAAUAGUGAUUUAAGGCCAGCAGAUCCUCUGUGAGAUAGCACGGAAAAGGAUAUGCUAGUCAAUUCUACGGGACUUACCUGAAGCAGCAUGAUUUGCACAAAAGUCGACCAACAAAAGCAUCAACUUUUCAACGUCAUUAUCUUGGCCAUCCAAUUCUGUGUAAAACUGAAGAUUUACUGUGCUGUUGGAGACAUCUUGGCCAAUAAUAGGACCUAAUUGCUCUCAGCAGGCCUGAGAAAUGAGUUGAAAUGUAUGGAACUGUAGAAACUUCAAGGGGCAACUGACUUUGCCUCCCUGAUCAGUGUGUGCCUGUUUACAGCACUAUAUCGCUCUCUGUUUCUCUUUCUCUCUCCAAAAUGUCACUGAGCCCUUUAGAUGUUUAUAUUCGCCACAAGAAGCCAAUCGUACAGAUUUUAAAAAAGGAAACGUGCAUUAUAAAUGCAAUAUCACUGUUUUAAACUUGACUGUUUUAUAUUAUUUUUGUGUGAUCAAGUGUCCCCCAGACUAUUCCAACUUUACAAAAGAAAUUGUGAAUCAUGUUCUUUUCACCCGUGGGUCAUGGAAAUGUUGUUAAUCUGCAGACCCACAAAAUAUCAAAGACAUUCUGUAGUUUAUACACCGUGUUGCAAAGUGUUUACUGUACUAUUUCAAAGCUUCUAAAUAAAUAUAAAAUAUAUAUAUUAUAUUACAUAUAAUUUUCCGGGAAACGUGGUACCAUUUAGUUGAUUUUUAAAUGAAUUCAUACAAUCCGCACCAUACACUAAAGUGAGAAGGUAAUUCAGGGUCCUUAAAUUAUCCUUGCCUAAAAAUAAAAUAAAUCUUUAAUAAUACUUCCCAAAUUUUUGUACUUUGGUCAAUCCUGUUUGUCCUUGUUAAAAAAAAAAAAAGCUGUAAGCAACAACAUUUUUUUUCCUGAAAGUUGUACUGAAUUUUCAAUGCCAAAGAUACAGCUGUCAAUAAUUAUGAAAAUGAGCACUGACUAUGUACUAUCGAAGUAUAUAUAUCAACCUCCAUUAUUUUGAUUCUAUUUCUAUGGUUUUUAAUUUGGAAUCAAAAAACUUUUUAUAAAGGCUCUAUAAACUCACAUGUAUAUGUUGUUAAAGAGUACACUGGGUGUCUGUACAUUUUGCAAUGUAAGAUAUGAUGUUAAGUGAAGAUAACUAUUUUAAGGCAAUCUCCCCCCCCCCACACACACAUGCGCCACCAGACUCGUAGCUGACAACAUAUAUCACCCUUUAAUCUUGUUUUGCACAAAUACAUCUUUUCAUGCUGACUCGCAGUGGUUUUCAAAGAAAGAACCAACCACAAAGUCAUACACGUUGGCAAGCCAUUAAUUUGAUUAAUUUCUCUUUAACAUAAAAGCGAUUUGAAGUUAGGAGUAGUCAGAACCAGCUUCAGUGGUAAGCAGGUUAGUCCUGCCUGUGUUCUCGUUUUGUAGUUCCGAUGGUUUGAAGCGUCUCAGAAAGGAUAUUUUUUUAUCAGAAAAAGAAUAAAUGGUCAAAAAUUCAAAAUGUUACAAAGUAAAGGCUUCCUUUACUUUCAUGGCCUCUGAUUACAAGUACCAUUGGAAAAAAGAAAGGUCAAAUGCAGUGAGGUUUUUCGUUUGUUCUUUCUGUCCUAAUGCUACUGUCUUUUUCUUUCUGAUGACUACCUGUCAAAUGUUCAGGAAAACAACAACCAUAAAAGCAUGUCUUGUGUUUCAGUUGGAGGUAAUGGAUGCAGUGCCCUUUUGAAUGAAGGAUAAGAAUCCCUUCUUUUUAUUUUGGAAGCUUUUAGUUCAUACCCUAUGACCAUAAAAUUGCUUCCUUGCUGACAAUGAAUUCUGUUCACAGGGUAUAUAUGACUCGGUAUAAGUAAGGGUGGAGGGGUGGGGAGUGAAAAUACUAUUACACUAUUAUUAUUAUUAUUAUUAUUAUUAUUAUUAUUAUUCUGGAGUCUGUGUAUACAGCAAUGCACACAUGAAGCUUCCCUGAAGGCAGACUUCCCCAUUCACUUCUGUGGUGGGGGUAACUGUUUGCAAGCAUAUCUUUGUACUUCCAGGUGUGUAAGUGCAUCAGAGUCCCAAGAGCUGCAAAUUGUUGCAGAGCAGACUGACACCAGUAGUAGCUACCAGAAUUUACCCCAUCAAUUAUUUUCUGCUGUAUUCCCAUUGUGUGAAUGGGAACUGUGUGUACAAAAGUUGUUGACUUAUAAGCAAUGUUAGUUUCCAAACUCGUAACAAAACAAAAAAGAAAGAAAUAUUCCUGCUAAAUACUUUUCGUGCAUAUUUCUAAAUUAUUUAUAUAUUGACAGGGAUUUCUUGGGAUCCAUUUAACAAUGUGUAUUAUAUAUGAAUCACAGAAGAAGAAGAAAGCACACAAAUUAACUAUUAAUUUGAGCGAACAAACACAGCCGUAAAUUCUUCUUUAGCUUUAGGUAAUGGGAGUUCUGGUCACCUAUAUGCCUUGUUAAGUUUUAUGGCGGGGAGGGGGGGAAUGGGCUAUUAAUAAUGAAAUGUGUGAAGAAUAUUUCAUUUGAAGAAAUCUGUCAACUUGAGCGUGCUUUUAAGGCAAGAAAUGGAAUGCCCCUCCUGGAACUGGUUUUGCUUUAUUUUUAUAGCUUCUCUAUACAGAGGUGUAUACUGUAAAUUAGGGUUGUUUCUAGUCCUGUGGAGAAAAAAAAAUAUCACUUUUUCUUUUUCUUUUUUAUAGACUAUUAAAGGUGUUUUUAUUUACUGAAAAUCUCCCUCACAUUUUGCCCGCAACUUUUUUGGGGAAAGUAUUCAUAAUGCUGUUGUUUCAUCUGUCUAUUCUAGUGCAUUUAUUCAAUCUCUCUCUAUAAUGGAUUAUGAGUAGAAGACAUGGGCAUGCAUCAAUUCAUUUCAUGCUUUCGCCUUUCCUUAUUCUCCUGUUUCUGUAUAUGCUCAAUGCAACUGAGGUCAGUGGGAGACUUGUGGAUGGAAACAUGACCGAGCUGGGCUUUUAGAUGCCUAAGCAGAAGAUGCUAACUACUACAAAGGGGAAUGGUUCAAGGACAACUUCCUUCCCCAACCUGGUUGCCUACAGAUGUUUGGGCCUAGGACUCCCAUCAGCUCAAGCCAGCAUGACCAAUUGUCAUGGAAGCUAAGUCUUGUAGCCCAACAGCGACUGGAGGGCAUCUGGUUGUAGGGUAGCCUGAUCUACUACUGUCAGUGGUUACCUUUUGUUACCACAAGGUGUCUUCUGGUAUGUGUCCCUAGCAGAGUGUCUCCU